AUGUGGGAAGACCUAGAGAAGAAGUACCGUAGUAAUGAUGCCGGUACUAAAAAGUUUAUAAUAGUUAAGUACUUGGACUACAAAAUGGUCGAUUCAAGACCAGUGAUAGACCAAGUACAAGAGUUCCAAAUAAUCAUCCACGAACUCGCCACCGAGGGGAUGAUCUUGCCAGAAAACUUUACUUCUGGCACGAUAAUUGAGAAACUUCCACCUAGUUGGAAGGACUUCAAGAGCUACCUUAAGCACAAGCGAAAGGAAAUGACCCUUGAAGAACUGAUCGUGAAGUUGUGCAAUGAAUUUGACGUGCGCAAAAACGACCAAAAGGCUAGAGGCCAUGGCUCCUUUGAAGCCAAGGCCAACUUAUUGGAGCGAGGCGGUCCCUCCAAUAAACGUCAUCGCCCAAAUCGUCCAACAUCAAAAGACAAAAGCAAGAACAAAAAGUCUGCUGCCUACGUCGUUGAAAAAGAGUUCAAAGACUGGGACGAGAAUGACCUCAUUGCCGUGGUCACUGAAGAGGCCAACUUGAUUGAAAACAAAGGAAGUUGGUACAUCGACACUGGAGCAACCGCUCAUGUUUGUGCCGAUAGGAAUAAGUUUUCAACUUACAAUCCUAUUGAUGGGAGGAAGAUCAACAUGGGGAUCAAGCAUCGUCCGAAGUGA